CUAUGUUUUAGACUUGAGAAAAAUAAUGCAAUGAAUCUGAACCGUCAGCUACCUGCCCAAUUACAUUUAAUGAAACUCUUAAAUUUAGUUAUUAAUACUACCUGGCCGACGACUUCUUGUUCUUUUCUUAUCCGAAAUCUCAUUUUAUUCUUAAAAAUCCUUUUUGCGGUUCUGAGAAUUUUCUGCCGGAUGGAUGAGUCAAUCAUAAAUUUAAUAGUAUUUGGAGUUGUAUCAUGGACGACAUUAUUUUUAUUAACAAGAAAAAUAUUUCCAAAUCGUUCUUUUGAUUUUUGCAACCGUUUGGUUUCCACAGUUCAUGCAAUUUUAGCAGUAACAUUAGCUUCUAUUUCUGUUCAAGAUUGGAGUGGCCCUAUUAGUCCUUUGGCUUCAAGAUCUACUACCAAGCAGGUAUUUUGUAUUGGAAUUUUUUUCUUGAUAAUAUUUUCAAGUCUUGCUCUAAUGGUGAUGUUUGAAAAAACUGAACAGAUGAGGGCAAUAGCAGUGAGUGUAGCCUAUCUUAUUUAUGAUUUUGUAUGCUGUCUAUUUGACAAGCAAGUGAAGAUUGAUAACUUAAUUCAUCAUUUGGUUAGUGCUGUUGGACUUGGAGCUGGGCUUUACUAUGAAUGGUGUGGUUCAGAAAUGGUAGCAGCAUUGUGGUUGACAGAGAUUUCCAGUCCAUUCUUACACUUGAGGGAGAUUCUCAAAGAGCUUGGAUACAAAGACACUGACCUUAAUCUUGCUGCUGAUGUUUUAUUUGCAGUAAUUUUCAGCUGUGCUAGGAUGGUAGGAGGGCCAUAUCUAACCUAUGUGACUCUUUCUGCUGAUAAUCCAAUCCUCAUUAAGGCCAUGGCUUUUGGACUGCAACUUGUUAGUGCUUUUUGGUUCUAUAAAAUUGCUAGGAUGAUCAUGUACAAAUUCUCUAGGAGAACUAAAGCAAAAACUGUUCCUUCAAAUAUGUAAUUUUGCUGAUAAUUUGUAUCAUAGAGCAAAUCAAAUUCUUCUGUAUCAAACAUUCAUAACUUUUGAGGAGAAACAGAUUCAUCCCUUUCCCUUA